AUGCCCCUCUGGACCCCCGAAACAGGUGGCCACAUCGACUUCACCCCUUCACGCCCCAAACGGCGCGACACAGCCACUCACCCUCCAAUCCCCACCCAUCCCGUGAAACCACGAGUGCAGCACACGCACCACGCCUCCUCCUCGCUGAAGAAUGAAUCGAUCCCUGAAUCCACCUCGCCAACACCACCCUCCAAUCCCACCUCUGCGCCCUCCCACCCACCUGCCUCUGCGCCAUCAACCGCCAAUGGCGUCCCAGGCGGCUACAAACCCUCCACCACCCUCUUCCCGCCCUCCCUCCUACCCUCAGCUGUAAUUAAGCAACUCCCAGAAAAAUACACAAUGCGGCCCCUGCAGCCCUCAGACUACAGCAAGGGCCACCUGGACGUGCUCAAGAACCUCACGUCUGUGGGAGAAAUCAGUGAAGCGGCGUGGUUGGCAAGAUGGAGCUGGAUGAAGAGACGGAAUGACGAUGGAUUUCCUGACGGAGGCGCGGAGCCAGAGGAGAAAGGGGAUAGGGGCGGAGGUGGAGGGUUGUGGAAGAAGGCUGGUAGCGAAGGGGGAAAGAGGGGGGAGUAUUUUGUGAUUGUGAUUUUGGAUGGGGAGGGGAGGGUUGUGGGGACUGGGGCUGUGGUGGUGGAGAGGAAAUUCAUACACAAUCUCGGCCUAGUCGGACACAUCGAAGACAUAGUAGUGAGCAAAGACCAGCAGGGCAAGAAGCUAGGAUUACGGAUAAUCGAAGCGCUGGAUGCGGUCGCGAAGGAGGUUGGAUGUUACAAGACGAUCCUCGACUGCUCCGAAGCCAACGAAGGAUUCUACGUGAAAUGCGGGUACAAGCGAGCCGGGUUGGAAAUGGCGCAUUACUACAACAAAUGA